GUUCACCGCAAGAGGGCGACUUUGAGAUCCCUGAAUGCAUCGCAAGCCCCACCACGCUCCCCAUUGUACAGUCUUCGGUGGCCGACGCCACAGGCCACAGGCCCCCCCACCGAACUGUGUUGUUGUUCCGAAGUGAGCCGAGCAAGUUUCCUGGCGCCGCAGAGCGCGGACUCUCUGCUGACCGCGCUGGUUGGCGUCGGCGUGGCGGAGGUCGGAGGCGUCGGUGGCCAUGCGAGCCUCCCGUGCCGCCACUCUGCUGCAGCUGCAGAAGCAGCAACAACAACAGCAGCAGCAGCAUCAGCAAGAGCACCACGCGCUGCAUGUGCGUGUGUCUCGGUCGGCAUGGGAGGCCGCGUUCGGCCGGGAGAACCGGCAGCAGCAGCAGGAGGAGGAGGGAGAUGAAGAGCCGGAGACGCCACGCGAACAACAACAUCAUCGUCAGCGGCAGCAGAUGAAGCAGGCGGUCCUGCUGCAGGGAGAAGGCCGCUUCCUCGGCCUGCGGGUGCGGGGGCUCGCGGGGAUGCGCUGGGGUUCAGAGGGAGCGGCGGGGUCAACCGGGACGUCGGGACCCGAGCGCACCCUCCUCGUGUACGCGUGGCUCGACGACGACGACGACGGAGGGGCCCUCUCACUGGGGGACGUCGUCCAGGGGGACCGGCCCGGCACAGGGACCCCCUCGGCCCCUCUGCACGUGCGCGCCUCGGCCCUCUUCUUCCGGCACCACGGCCUCCGCCCGGGGGCCGCGGCAGUCGCGGUUCCCCUCGGGGGGUCUCCCGCGGGGGUCCGGCGCCUGGUGCUGGGAGCCCGGAGCAGGGCAGCCUUCUCGUGGGCCUCCGGGGAGGCCUUCGCGGCCGGGCUGAGGACUUUGGCGGCGGGGGGUCCGCCGGGGAUCCUGGUGCGGCGAGGGGACCCGCUCAUUGUCCCCUGCCUCCCGAUGAUGCUUGCGAACGGGGUCAUGGGUGGGCAGGGAGUUUCAGGGGCCCAAGCGGAAGAGGGCGGAUCGGGGGGAGCGGGGGUCUCGGGUGCCCCGGUGGCCGCGGGGGUUCAGGGGAUCUUCGGGGACCACGGUGCCUCGGGGACACCGGGGACCCUUGCCAGGCUGGCCGCCCUCAGCCUGGACCUCCUGGUCCUUGACUGUGGCCCCGUGCUGCAGGGGACCCUGAGGCCCGACGCGUCGCUCCUUCUCGCCGACCUCUCGGAGGCUGGCCAGGGGAGCAGGGCGGGGUCGGGCGACGGGGCAGGGCUCGGAGCAAGGCCGGGGCAAGGGGCAAGGCCGGGGCAUUUGGCGGAGUCGGCCAGCGGGGCAGGGGCACGGAAUGGGGCAGGGUCGAGGUCAGAGGAGGAGGGGACGCGAGUGAAUUUGGCAGUGGCGGAGGAUGGGUUCGGGGCAAGAGGUUUUGGCCAGAUGGUGAGUCCUGCGGGAGCAGGAUUUGCAGAUGAAUUGGGCCACGUGGCAGAGUCGGGGACCAACGCGGGUCUUGGUGAUGGGAGGGCAGGUCGAGUGAAUGGGACAGGAACUGCGUACGGCAAUGACUUGGGUAAUGAUGGGGCAGCGCCUCCAUCAGGACUGAUUGACUUUCACGACAUCACAGGCGCAGCAGAGGUCUCGGACGUCAGAGCCUUCGAGCGUGCGAUGGAGGUGCAGCCGGUGCUGGCCUCAGACUUUGCUCGCCUCCUGGCGGAUUUGACCGCCCGCGGCACGGCCUUGCCAGGAGAUGCCCCGGGCCACGCGGCGUCCACUGGGCCCCGUCGCACCAUCAGGUGCUGGCCCAACGCCGGCCUCUCCGCACUGCUGGACAGGGACGUGGAUUCUCACUCGUGCGUGGUGGUCGGCAGGCAGACCCUCGGCCGGCUGGGCCUCUUCCACGGUGAGUGGGUCACGCUCUGGCAGCGACCAGACGCUGAUGUGGCCAGGAGCCGCCCGGCAGACGGACACCACGAAGAGGAUUCCCCACUUUUAUAUCCUGAUGGGACUGGCCACCGGCGAGAUGGUGUGUCAGAGGAAGAAGCAGGAGAAGCAGCAGCAGCCGUGGUGGUGGUGCCGACAGAUGACCGGCCUGCGGGUGAGAAAAGAGGUGGACGUUGCGCAAGGAUAUUUGGCGUCGACGCACGGGAACUGCAGAGGCUGUCGCUUCACCCCCGCCAGAACGAUGGAGAUGAUGGCCUGGUAGAAGAAGCCCUCGUCUGCCCCAGCCUGAUCUUCAAUGCCUGCCCUCGCCCCUGGCCGAUCACGUCUCUCAAACCUGCAGGUUGCUUCUUCACGGUGGAAAGGCUGAGAGGGGAGGUCCCUUUGACGAGCAGCCGCUCGGCCCUCGGGUGUCCCCCCAUCGCCGGCAGUCUCUGUGUGGCUAUCGUGGAGUCUCCGCAGUACAAGACCGGAGGGAACUACGACAACAUCCUGCGCAAGCACUUUGAAACCCCCCGUCUAGUGAAGGCUGGAGAUGUGUUGUGCAUCCCCACAAGGCAUAGUGCUGACUUCCUGAGUGAAGAGAAGGUGAAAGGGGCUCUCUGGUGGCCGGUGCUCUACUACCAGGUGAAGAGUGUGAACUUGGUGGAGGGUCGACAGGACGAGAAGCAGCUGCCUGGAAAAAAUGGACGGAUGAAGGAGAAUGAUGAGGGGCAACCAGGAGGCCAGGAUCGGUCUGAAAACUUGUGCUACUUGGUGGACACAAAAAGCACAAAUGUGUACCUGGAAGGGUCUGUGAACGCGUUUGCGCCGGUACGGUUGGAAGGAGCUGUGGCCACUGAUGGGGGUCACCCGCUCUGGGACAGCGACUGCCCACCGGGGCUGACGUCCGCCGUGGACGAGCUGACCGUCGUGGCACUCCCCUACGUCUCCAGCAGCAGCGCCGCGCUGCUGGAUGGCCAGUGCUCGGUGCUGCUGUGCGGGCCCAGCGGGGCAGGCAAGACGGUGGUGGUGCGCGCUGUCUGCCGCCGGCUCAACCUGCACCUCGCGCAGAUGAGCGGAGCGUCGCUCUGCAGGGAAACGGCGGCGGCGGCCGAGGCUCGCCUGCGCUCGGCCUUCUCGCGUGCCGCCGCACUGGCGCCGUGCGUUCUGCUCGUCAAGGGGGUGGAACCCCUGGGUCGCGACUCAGGGGGCAAAGAGGACGCGCGAGUCACGCACACCCUGCGCCAGCUGCUGUGGGAGCGGCAGCGAGAAGCCGGCCGCCUGCCGGUGCUGGUGCUGGGCACGGCGGUGUCACGGCAGAGUGUCGCGCCCGGCGUGCAGAGUUGCUUUCUGCACGAGCUGCGUGUGGACCGCCCCGAUGAGGGGUCCCGCGCCGCCAUCCUGCAGGCGCUCGCGCACGCCUCGCCGCUCGGGCCCGACGUCUCGCUCGCUCGCCUCGCCCAGCACACAGCCGGCUUCGUGCUGGGAGACCUCUGCGCGCUGCUCUCCGGGGCGUGCCGAGCGGCCUAUGCCAGGGUAGCGCAGGCGUGCUCCGAGCAUGGGUUCCUCAGCCCGGAGGAGGAGCGAGCGCUGUGCGAGCUGGGCGUGUGCGUCACCGCGGACGACUUCUCCUCCGCGCUCGACGAGCUGCAGGCCAAGCACGCGCACGCCGUGGGGGCGCCCGAGAUCCCGCGCGUGCACUGGGAUGACGUGGGGGGGCUGUCGGACGUGAAGCGAGAGCUGCUCGACUUGGUGCAGCUGCCCCGGCGGCUGCAGGGCCUGCGCUCCGGGUCGGGCCUGCGUCGCUCGGGGCUGCUCCUCUUCGGGCCGCCCGGCACCGGCAAGACGCUGCUGGCCAAGGCCCUUGCCACCGAGUGCUCCAUGACCUUCCUCAGCGUGAAGGGCCCGGAGCUGAUAAACAUGUACGUGGGCCAGAGCGAGGAGAACGUUCGCGAUGUGUUUGCUCGCGCGCGCUCUGCCGCCCCCUGCGUGGUUUUCUUCGACGAGCUCGACUCCCUGGCGCCGAACCGGGGUCGCAGCGGCGACUCCGGAGGGGUCACGGACAGGGUGGUGUCGCAGCUGCUGGCUGAGCUGGACGGGAUGCACACGAGCGGGGACGUGUUUGUGGUCGGGGCCACGAACCGCCCGGACCUGCUCGACCCCGCGCUGCUACGGCCCGGGAGGUUCGACAAGAUGCUGUACGUGGGCGUGAGCGAGGAUCGGGCUGCCCAGCUGCGGGUGUUGCGUGCCGUCACCCGCAAGCUGACGCUGGGCGGGGACGUGAGCCUGGAGGCCCUGGUGGAGGCGGCCCCACCGUGCCUCACGGGGGCCGACAUGUACGCACUCGCAUCGCACGCCAUGAUGGCGGCCGUCAAGCGAAAGAUUGCGCUCAUCGAGAGAGCAGAGGACACGGAGGAGUCGGAGCUGGUGGUGGAGGAUGGCGAUUUCCGCGCGGCGCUCGGUACCCUGCAGCCGUCGGUGACGGAGGAGGAGCUGCGCCAGUACGAGGCUCUGCGCCAACGGCACACGCCCGCCAGCCGGCGCUGAGACGCCUCGACAGAUGCCACCGCCAUCGUCGCCACUGCCGUCGCCGUUCGGCAUGGAACAAUGUAUAUUGUUGGCGGGCACUUGCAUUUACAGAAUGCGUCUGUAAACCAGGCCUUCGGCUGAAGGGGCAAAUUGUUAUAUCUUACACGUGGUGUUAAAGUGUGCUGCGAUGUUACUUUGCAGAGCCAUUUGGCUACGUGGUCAGUGACUUUUUGCAAAGUACGGAGAAUCAAUGCAUCUCGAAGGUUAAGGGGUUUUUUCCUGAAUUUCUGCUUUUGGUGAUAAGUGCCUGGUCGACUUGACAUUUGCUGUAAACAUUGCAUCAGAAAGCAAAGUGUACACGCGAUGUUUCCUCUUCCAAAAGUUCAAGGUCAAAGACUCUCAUUUGCCCUGUGAAUCGAUGGCCAUUUCUGUCGUGGAUAAUGACGUGAAUUUUCAUUUAGUUUCAGAUCUAGAUGCUGUGACCUAAUUAACCGCUUGGCUUGUGAUGACCUCCCGAUCAGCACGGUUGGCUACCUACGGUGCGAAAGAAUUUCGACGUACAGAACAACAAGGAAACGGUCACAUUCUCCGCUAUUUCCAUGGUGAACUGGAUCGCUGAAGGUUGUGAAUUUAAGUAAUCGAGAAAGGUGUCCAGCGAAGCUUUCGAAUGUGCCCAUAAAACGAGAGUGUCAAUGACAUAUCUGUACCAAUCCGGGGGAUUUAAGAUGACUGGAUUCCAGAGCCUUGUUGAUGAUGUUCAAAAUAUGAGUUGGUUAUUACGGGGAAAAGGGGUCAACCCAGAGCUGUGGAUUUCUGGAUGCAAUGGGUUUCUGGAGGCAAGGAUUUGCGGCCCAGAUUGGCCACUCGGGAUUGUGUGUGUGUGUAUUUGUUUUCUAAUUACAUUGCGACUGUCGAUAUAAUUGCUCAAACGUGUUCAUUGAGUAUUGAAAUACGCUCAUUAUUUGCACUGCGCCAUUUGAACGUGUCAUAGUUUUCUUUAAAAAAAUUGUCACUGCCAAAUAUACAUAAAUCGUUUUGAUUUAAAGCUUUCGUGACUGCAGGGAUUCAUAUUCUUGGUUCUUUCUUCAUAAUCAUCCCUGAUUAUUGACGACUUGAUUUUAACAUUUGCCUCAUCAUCUUCGUAAUUGUUGAUUAUCUUUUUAAUUGCUCUUGAUCAUUUCCAACUUUAUUUUAAUUAUUGCCUUAUUGUUCGCUGUAUUUGCUUCCCCCAUGGGAAAGUACAGUAAAUGUAUCUGAAGAGUAAGAUCCCAUGCCACGUGACGUGUAGUCGCUCUCAUCAAGCAGUGGAUAGACAAUGACUAAUUCUGGUGAGAUCUCUUAAUGACGUUACGAUGCCAUGAGGUCGGCCGACUCCAUUGUCCUUCCCAGCUCCACUUUUCUCAACAUGCUGUCGUCGUGACCUGGAGCUCUGGGACACUUUGUCAAUUCAGCCUUUUUAGUUUUUAUUUUCUUGGAAUAUAAUUUGAGAAAUUGUACAUUGAUAAUUGAGUGGAAUGUACAUUUAAUGAAUGUGUGAAAUGGUUGAGGGGUUACAUUUUAUUAACCAAUGUUCGAAGAUUUGACCUAGAAUUUCCUUUGUCCUGGACAAAUUAAAAGUGCUGUGACAUUUUAAUAAGGGCAGUCUAAACAUAUCGUUUCUGUGAUACCUUGAUGUUUGAGAUAUAAUUUAUUCAUGAUUGAAACGCGCGUUUAAUAAAGUAUUGUGCUAAGUGAA